AUGGACCGUUUUACCCAAAUUCCCGUUCAUCAUGGCGAGAACGGCGCCCAACGCGCUAUAUUCCAUGAUGUGGAGACUCAUCGCCUUCCGAAUGAGCUCGUCGCCGUGUCUUGGGCCUUGUUGUUGAGUUCGUGCGCCGGAGAGCAAUCUCAAUCUCCCGUUUUUCUCCUGAAUGGGGAUCCGAUCAAGGUGGAUAUAGCUACUCGCACAAUCAAGCUGGUAAACUUAGAAAGUCCGCUGGACUCUGCUUCAUCUCCUGCUAUAAAUUAUUACUCCAAUUUCUCCACCGCUGUGGUCAUUGAAUGUGAAGAUUCAACCCUCCAAGACCGCUCUUUCAGCACUCACAAAGAUUUCUCGACUUUUUCUUCUUCACCUUCAUCAACAUCUUCACUUUCACUAUCCCCUUCUUCUUCAGCUUCAGCUUCGGAUUCGAACUCCGCUUCAGUUUCCCCUCUUUUAAGCUCUACCACUACUCCCACAGCCACUCUGUCUUGGACUCUGAACCGCAAAUCUCAGAUGAGCGUGCUGCAUUCUACUGCAGGCAUGGAUGCAACCACCUUGCAUCAACUCGGCAGCCAGCUGAAGCAGAUCGUGCAUGAGCAAGUCAUUCAGUCUGACAAGCAGAUAGAAUUAUCCACCCCGGAAUUUCCUGCAUUGUCAAUUUUAAACCCUUCCCCAGAGCUGUUAUCAGGCCCACAGCUUCUCCACGAGCUUGCCUUGAGCGGUUCUAAUGACUCCAACAAUGCCAUCGAGUUUCUGGCCGCGGAUGGAGGCAUUCGCAGUCUUUCUUAUAAUUCGUUAGACCAACUAUCCUCCAAACUAGCAACGGAAAUUAUUCAUGCUUCGGCUGCACGAAUGAGCGAUGGGCGGAAACUGGUCGUCCCCGUUCUCCUACCACAAUCCCUCGAACUGUACAUCGCCUGGCUGGGAAUCCUCAAAGCUGGCGGAGCAUUCUGUCCCCUGAACACCGACGCUCCGCCUGACAGGAUAGAAUUUAUCUUGCAGGACGUUGCUGCAUCCGUGGUGGUUACGCAGAGUAGCUUGGUGGCUCGGGUUCCAAAAGACGAACGCCUGGCAGUGAUCAAGGUGGAGGAGAUUGUAAACUCAACGGACAAUCUGGAGAUUUCCCGACCAAUGGCACAGGCCUCACCUUCUGCUACCGAUCUGGCCUACGUGAUGUACACAUCUGGAUCAACCGGUCGCCCGAAAGGCGUGGGCAUUUCCCAUUUGGCUGCUACCCAAUCUUUGCUCGCGCAUAAUGACUUGAUACCCCAUUUUAAUCGCUUCCUUCAAUUUGCGUCGCCUACUUUCGAUGUUUCCGUUUUCGAGGUCUUCUUCCCUUUCUUUCGCGGGGCUACGUUGAUCGGCUCCGACAGGGAGCAAAUGCUGCUUGAUAUUUCUCACGUCAUGACUGAAAUGAGGGUCGAUGCGGCGGAGUUAACUCCCACGGUAGCCGGGGAGUUGCUGCGCACGCGAGCAGCGGCGCCUUGUUUGAAAGUGCUCCUGACGAUUGGCGAAAUGCUCACGAAGCAUGUCGUGGAAGAGUUUGGCCAGUCUGAGAAUUCAGAGGGCAUUCUCCAUGGUAUGUAUGGCCCGACCGAGGCUGCAAUUCAUUGUACCGCAGCCACGAAUUUCCAAGCCGACUCUGCGGUCAAUUUGAUCGGGAAACCGUUCAGCACCGUGUCCGCGUUCAUCAUGUCAUUGGAGUCGGAGGACAAAUCCCAGACGAAUGCUGAGCUUCGGCCUCUUCCAAUUGGCCAGAUUGGCGAGCUUGUGGUGGGCGGUUCUCAACUAGCAGAUGGAUAUAUCAAUCGUCCGGAGGAAAAUGCCAAAGCGUUCAUUGAAAGCCCGGUCUACGGCCGACUCUACCGCACGGGUGACAAAGGGCGCAUGUCAUCAACGGGUGAGAUUGAGUGCUUUGGACGAAUCUCUAGUGGCCAAGUCAAGCUUCGAGGCCAGAGGAUUGAGCUCGGAGAGAUUGAAAAUGUCAUUUGCAAAACCUCGAAUGUGCGAGCCGCCGUUGCUAUUGUUAGUGGUGGUAGCCUGGCAGCAUUUGUCCUGGCGAAUGACCAGGGCACCACGGACCGUGAGCUGCGAGAUACCUGCCGUCAAUGGUUGCCCCGGUUCAUGGUACCCGGCGAGUUCAUUUUGAUCUACCAAUUCCCUCAAUUGCCAUCGGGAAAGAUUGACCGAAAGGGACUUGAGGCUGAUUUCGUGCGUCGCCGCAAUGCUGCCCAAUCUGUCGACCAACUUACUUUCCGCGAUGAGGUUGAGGAGACGAUCGCAUCUUGUGUGUUCGACGUGCUCGGAAAGAACGUACCAAUCAAUGAUUCUUUGGUCUCUGCUGGUCUUGAUUCGCUCGCUGCUAUCCGGCUCGCUUCUCACCUACUGGAUAUAGGGAUGCGUUUGGACGUUGCGCGCUUGCUGGAGGCGGACAGUGUGGAUGGGAUCUGGCACCUUGCAAAAGCACAAGCUACAAGUGAAUCGACAGAAGACACACAAACAGCCAUUGACCGAAUCCGCCAACUUGUUAGAGAUGCCGGUGCAGCAAGGAUAGAGGCGCUCGGACUGAGUGCACAGACUGCUGAGAUCGAGCCAUGUAGCCAUAUCCAGCAGGCGAUGAUACUGGAAACCGCGCGAGACACCAAGGCUUACUCCAAUUGGAUUGAAUUGCAGUUUGAGCCCACGGUCACCUCCGAUAGCGUGCAUGCUGCUUUCGCCUCGCUUUUCGAGCAGAAUGCGCUGUUGCGUUCUGGGUUUGUCGAAAUCGGCCUCAAGGAGAAUUCUUAUGCUCGCUUUACCUGGAAUACUCACGGUGACCAAAUAAUACACAAGUGUGACGCCUUCGACUAUGAAAUCUGUUUGAUCUCAGAGAAUGACCUCCUACAUCCUCUGCGCCUUCAAUUGAAGGACUCAAGUGAUGGCGUGCGGGUGCUAGUGCAUAUCCACCAUGCACUGUACGAUGGCUGGUCUUGGCAAUUGAUACUGAGAGAUCUCCAACACAUCUUGAGUGGCGAGGAGCUUCUUCCCCCAAAGCCAACAUACAGCAUCAUCACUGAUUUCUUUAUCGAGUACAAACUCAGCGAAUCUGCCAAUGACUCUUCAAACUUCUGGCGUGACCAGCUUCAAGGCUCUCCUUCUCUCGCCUUCCCCAACUUCCAUAGUGUGAUAAAUGUGUCGCCGAAGACACAGGAAGCCAGCCGAGUGCUGGAUAUUUCCGUUUCAAAUCUCAACGAGGUGUCCCAUAGUCUGCAGGUCAGCCGACAGACGAUAUUCCAAGCUGCUUACUGUUACAUGCUCUCAACCUAUCUCGGCUCAAAAGAUGUGACGUUCGGAACCGUCUUCUCAGGCCGCACUCUACCAGUGAAGGGAAUCGAAACCGUCCUCGGGCCCUGUAUCCGAACACUCCCCACGCGCAUGGAUCUAGACAAGAUGCAAAACGUCACAGAUCUCAUGCUGGCAAUCCAGAACAUGAACCGCAAAUCCCUUGAACACGGGAGCCUCCCGCUACAAGAUAUCAAGAAGGCUUCGGGUAUCGACCCGCAACGAUCUCUCUUCGACACUGCCCUCGUGUGGCAGGAAAGUAUCUGGUCCGAGGACCAGAGUGCACUUUUCCACGAAAUUGGCAAUGGCGAAUUCCUGGAAUUUGCAUUCUUAUUGGACCUCGAGCCGAAAGAAGAUAAAAUUCACGCGAAGAUGUCCUUCCAGCAGUCUUUAUUGCCACAUGAGCAGGCGCAGAUCCUCCUCGAACAGAUUGACGUCGUGGCUUCUAUUCUCAUUGAGAAUCCAGCGCUGCCAAUUGAAGACGUUGCCUCCCAUCUUCCUUCGUCAAUAUUAUCUAUCUCGAACGCGGAACCCGAGACUGAGGCUGAGGUUGAUAUUCCAAGCCUGGUAUCUGAAAUCGAGAGAAUAGCAUCUACAGAUCCGUAUCGAAAAGCAGUGGAGGUUCUCUUGAAAGGCUCUUCUGAUUCUGAGUCCAUGAUCAUCGAGAGCAUUUCCUACGCUCAAUUACACUCUCGAUCGAAUCGUCUCGCGAAUUACCUGACCCAGGCUGGCCUGCAGAAGGGCGAUCUGACGGCACUCGUCCUUGAAAAGUCUAUCGAUAUCCUGAUUUCUGUCCUUGCCCUCGCUAAGAUUGGAGCUGGUCUUCUAUCUUUGGCUCAUGAUACCGAUGCUACGCCCCAACUCACUAAUUCCAUUCUCGCCACUGCGAAACCGCGAUUCUGUCUUGUUAAUCAAUCCGUGAUUGAUUUGACAUUGCCAGCAUCGACCUCGCAAGUUCUUAUCCCAGAUUCUUCGAACGACUUUGAUGACUGCCUCGCCUUUUCCACGAACCAUGACGGAUUUCAUAUUAUUUGUGCCGAGAAUCCGAAUCCGAGUCACUCAACCUCAUCUCCAACGAAUAACGACCUGAUGAACACGGACUUCAAUAUUUUUUCCUUUUCCUCUUAUAAUCUUCAAAGCCACAUCAAGGCCCUUGCGGAUUCUUAUCCUGCUGUUUCAAGCGGAUCGAAGUUAUUGCAUACGUCUCCUCUUGCAUCUGCUACCUUUUUUGUCGAUUUACUUUUCGCAUGGCACUCUGGAAUCACCUUUUGUUCAGCUUCAGCAUUAGACGCGCGGAACACGGGGACUUUGCCGCAUAUUAUCAACGCGAUGAACAUAACGCAUUUGCAUUCUACUCCUUCAUUAUUGUCGGGUAUGGGUCCGGGCCAGGUUCCCAAACUCGAAUGUAUUAUGGCUUCUGGGGAGCCUGUGCGGGCGAAGGUGCAUUUAGACUGGGCUGGGAUUGGUGUUUUUUCAGGUUACAGAUCUCAAGGGAUUUUGGGGAUCGGGACUAUUUGCAAUCUUGAUGUCGCGGUCUCUCCGAAUAAUAUCGGUUUACCUCUGAGGAAUAUGUCCGCGAUGGUGAUCGCGGAUAAGGCGACAGGGACAGGGACAGCGACAGCGGCGCUUAAUCUACUCCCUCGUGGUGCGCUUGGUGAGCUGUGCUUUGGUGGGAGCCAAAUUGGCCGGUUCCUUCACGCGGAUGGUCGUGGUGAAGAGAAAUUCAUCGACCACCCCCAGUUUGGUCGACUUUAUCGGACUGGUGAUCGCGGUAGGAUAGUUUCAGAUGGCACCAUAUCUUUGGUUUCCGGUCUCAAAGUAUCGAGACAAGAUAUUGAUGUCGACGAGAUUGAGCGUGCUUUGCUUUCUUCCGGCAUGGUUGAAGAUUCUGUUAGUAUUGCACUGGAAAAUCCCAUCACUAACCAACAGCAAUUGGCAACUGUCUGGACUCCGACAGAAAAGGCUCGAAAAUCAACAGACUCCGAAACUCUAGAAGACAUCGCCAAAUACCUUCUCACUGAACUCACAACAAAAAUUCCAUCGUCAACAAUCCCAUCUUUGCUUGUUCCUAUUCGUGCGAUCUUCAUGACAAAGUCUCACACAGUAGACUAUGCAAGGAUACGUCAAGAAGUUGAGCAGAUGGAUCCACGGAGACUUGCACUAUUCUCUCUCCAACUCGAUGUGGAAAAUUCCGAUGCUCCUCUGAGCGAAAUUGAGCAGAUCAUUGCUGGUACGCUAUCUACGGUGACUGGAGUGGAUUUAAAAAACAUUGGCAGAUACAGUUCAUUCUAUAAGCUCGGACUGGAUUCGCUUUCUGCAAUCUCCUUCUCGCGAAAACUACAGGAAUCUGGCCUCGAAAGACUUCCUGUAUCGACAAUUCUUCAACGCAGCUCCGUUGCUCAACUCGCAAGUGUUGCAAGUAUCUUGACGAAUGGACAUGUGACCCCGCCAAUCCCAACCGAGGAUAAGCCCGAAUCGGUUUUCGAUGAAAAUUUCCUUCGCGAAGUCAGUGAUGAACUUAGCGGCGAAGAUGUAUCUGUCAAAAGUGUCUAUCCUUGCACGCCUCUGCAGGAAGCAAUGCUAGCAGCCAAAUCUGGCGAUGACUCGGCUUAUUUCAAUCACCUACUCCUGCGCGUGAACACGGAUAUUGAAGACUUGAAGUCUGCAUGGAAUCAUAUGUUGCAAAGGCACGAUAUUCUCCGAACUUGCUUCAGACCAACGAACGAUAAGCGUUUCGCGUAUGCGCAGAUAGUGCUGGAGAAUGCGUGUUUACCAUGGUUCUAUUUACAAGUAUCCACGCAGGGACUCGAUCAUGAUGUCGAAAGGAGAAAGUCCGAAUUCGAAAGUCGCUCUCCAGUCAAAGACAUACUUCCGUAUUCGCUGACUAUAUACGCGAAUCCUGCCGACAACACCGCGCACCUGUUGCUGUCUAUUCACCAUGCGCUUUAUGAUGGAGAAGGAAUCGCACAACUUCUCCACGAGCUUCAGGCUUCGCUCGCUGGUGAAAAAUUGCCAGAAACUACAUCAUUCUACAAGUUCAUUGACUACAUGCUCUCGACAAACACAGCCACUGAAGUAUCGGAUCAGUACUGGGAUCGAUAUCUAUCUGGCAUUUCACCGAGCCUUCUAUCAGCCCCGGCCAAAGAAAGGACGUCCGACCAGUUGGCUUCUCGGCAGGUCCAGGUAGCCCUGAAUGGCUCCUUUACCUCAUUCAAAGACCAGUGCAAGGGUCUUUCCGUGACGCCAUUGAAUGUUUUCCACGCUGCCUGGGCUAGACUCCUAUCCUUCUACGCCGGCUCAUCGGAUAUCUGUUUCGGCAACCGACAUCCUCCCCACCAAUUGACUCCCCUGCGCCACAUUCAGAAGCGGACUCUGCCUCUGCACGGGGGCUCGAUGCUCUUCGAUACAUUGGUCAUUCUCCAGACUAGGGGUACCGAGCUUGAUCGGCGAUAUUGGGAACUCCUUUCCGAUGAGGGCAAUAUGGGAUUCCCUUUGAUCUGUGAGGUAAUUCCCGAUGAGACGCGCGAUACGAUUCAGAUUUCCCUCCAUUAUCAGCAGGCUUAUCUGGAAAAUGAUAUCGUGGAGAGACUUGCGCGGGACUUUGUGGCUUUGGUCGAGAAUACAACUCAGUAUCCUUCUUCGCAGGCUUCGGAUAAGAGAGCUAUCGGGGAAAAUGUGCCGAAAGUAUUUGAGAAGAUAGUCAAGUCUAACACUUCUCAGACUAUGUCCGCUGCUCGACCAAAGACUUCUCGGCCUUGGUCUGUUCAGGAGGAGGCACUCAGGGAAAUUCUUUGUCAAUAUUCGGGAGUCGAGCCGAGCGGCGUGUUUUUGCAUACGACGAUCUUUCAGCUUGGGCUUGAUAGUAUCAAUGCUGUGCAGAUCUCGGGAAAGUACCAUAAGAUGGGAUACAAGAUAUCCGCAGGUGAUAUUCUUGAGGCUGCUUCUAUUGAGAAUAUUGCGUCUCUUCUCGAUAAUAGUGUAAAGGACAACUUGAAGGAAGAAGAAGAGUCAUUUGACUUUGCGACUUUCGAAAGCAAGCAUCUCCGCGCCGUCUGCGAACAACAUCAAAUUCCGUCGCAAAACGUGCAUUCCCUGCGACCAUGUACACCCGUUCAAAAUGGAAUGCUUGCAAGCUUUACCCAUUCCAGUGGCAGUAUGUACUUCAACACAAUGGCUUUGAAGUCCCCGGUGACUCUAGAUCGAGUCCUACUCAAACAGGCAUGGUCAGCUGUGAUGUCUCAGCACGAGAUGCUUCGAACUGGGUUCGCUCAAGUACAUGACCAGCAGUACCCAUUUGCUAUGAUCACCUAUGAGCCAGGAGUUGAGAUCCCGUGGUAUGAAAUAUCCCCAGGCACAGACACAGGCACCAAGGAGACAGAGACAUCCGACUCUCAAGGAAAGCGGGUUCUUGAAAACCUCCAUCAACCCACUUGGGCUGUGUCAGUUGAGUCAAGCGAAACCAUCACGACAGUUCACUUCUCGGCCCUCCAUGCAAUCUACGACGCCCAAUCAUUGACAUCGAUAUUCGCCGAUGUCAUGGAAUCCUACGAAGGCAAGCUUCUUUCGCGCCGUCCCUCAAUCACUGCAACCCUUGGACCCAUUCUUCUCGAAAGCCACACGCAGAAUACCGAACAAUCGCGUGAAUUCUGGACAAGCAUCGCACCCGAAGCCCAUUCCACCAAAAUCCCUGAUUUGAACCCGAUCCGAAUCGAAAAGAAGGACUCGAAGUUACUCGAAAGGUCUAUUUGCUGCUCAGUUGCGCUGAAGGAGCUGGAAAGUUCCUGCCGAGAUAUGGGCGUGACUCUACAAGCUGCUGGACAGGUCGCAUGGGCAAAGUUGCUUUCCGCUUACACUGGAGAGAAAAUGUGA